CAGAAGAAGAUGGCGGAACGACCGUACUGCAUUUGAAAAUCAAUCCAAGAAUACAUUUAUUUUUACUUAACUUCGUCAUCAACGCAUACUUGUGUAGAAGUCUUGAGCUUCAUGCAGAAUGAGAUACAGUAUUCCAGUUUCUGAAAUUCUGUUGACACUGUGAUGUUCCUGAAAAAAAGAGGUUUCCAGGGACUGAGAAUGGGGUCCUACCUGAUGAUGCUGUAUGUUACAGAGCAGCAGGAGGUAGCUCUGAAGUCCUUCUUUGGAGAGCAAGGAUGGCCUUUUCUCAAACCUGAUCUGUCAGCAACCACAGAAAAACUUGGUGGCCUGGUAGAGAAAGAAGAAGCCACAACAACAUCAAUAAGCAUGCGACCUGUUCGCGAAAUGACCAGAAAACGCAAGGCCGCAGCAACUGCCACUGCUCAAAGUCCUGUGAAAGCCCCAGUAGUAAAACAGGCUAAAGUUGUACCCUCCACAAAUAUUAUAACAGUCCCAUUGUUUGGAAACAUGGCUGCAGAUGGAACAGAAAGAAGCCCCUCCCCAGAGCAGGAACAGAAUAUAUUGGUUAAGACAGAGGCAUCAGAUGACGAUGAUGAUGAAAAUGAUUACAACAAUGACAUUGAUAAUGGCGAUAACGAUGAUGACUACGGGGUCUCAGAGACUGAAAAUCUCCUGUCUGUACAAGAUGCUGAGAUGGAGAUGGUGGAAGCCAUAGUUGCAGCUGGCCAGACUAUGACUGAGGACACAUCACAGGCAAAAGGUCGUGGAAGAAGGAUCAGGAAGUCAGGGUCUGUAAAGGCUGGGAAGCAGUAUUCAUGCGACAUGUGUGAUAGGGAGUGCACUUCUGCAUCAGGCCUUCGUCGACACAGAAUGCGUCACUUCCCCAAUGCAAAACGAUUCCAGUGCAUCGAGUGUGGCAAGCGGUUUUUUGAGAGAAGAGACCUCAUGGAACAUAUGAAAACUCAUAAUUUGAAGGAUUCAAAAUGCACGUACUGUGGGAAAUUCUGUCAUGAUCUUGCAGACCACUAUGAAAGGUGUUCAAAGUUUCUCAAAUCCAAAUCUAUUCUGAAAUGUCGAGGAUGUCAGAUGAACUUCAAUAACGAGGAGGACUACAACGCGCACAUAGAAUCCUGUUACAUUCCCGACUACCAAUGUCACAUCUGCGGCAUGAAGUUCACAGCCAGCGCCACUCUGAAGGAUCACGUAGAACGCCAUUCGGCCAAAAAGAAGGAACUAGAAUGUGAUGUUUGCCACAAGAAAUUCCGUGUUCAGCUUGACCUUACUAAACAUAAGAGGACCCAUGAGCCCGAGGCCCAGUGUAAGAGCUGUGGAGAGCUGGUCCCAGGUGGCUACCACAACCCCAGGCAGUGCCCGGUGAAAGCCAGCAAGAAUCCCAAGUACAAAUGUCCGUAUUGUGCGGUCACCAUUAACGGAUCCUUGUCUCACAUACUGCGUCACAUCAACAGGAAGCAUGGCGCGGCUGCCGAGAAGGAGUUUGCCAGUCAAUACGGUGAAGAAACGAGAGGUCUCAGAAAAUGCAACGAAUGCGGGUAUUUCUUUAAGGGCAAUCGCAAGGCACUCGAACGUCAUAUAGAAAUGUAUCACAAAGACAACACUGUGAUUCCAUGCGAGGGCUGCGAGGACACUUUUAGAACAAAGCUAGAGCUACUGGUACACGAAAAAAGCUGCCCUGCCAACGCUGCAGACGAUGGUAAAUCUCCCCAGCGCCUCAUUCCCAAGGUGAUCUACCAGUGCAGCAACUGCUCGACCAUACACUACACUAAGGCGGACCACAACAAGCAUGUGGAGGAGUGUGCACACACGCCACAGGUACAAGAAGUGGAGGCGGAGGCUGUUGCCGCGGAGACGGGGCUGGGGCAGGUGUGCUACAUUGUCACUGAGCAGGACGGCCAGCAGACCAUCGUCCCAGCAACCUCCUUGUCAGCCGACAACAUGCAGGUGUACGUAGAACACUGGUGAAACCUCCCUGUCAGCCGAAAACAUGCAGGUGUAAGUGGAACACUGGUGAAUAGGUGCAACCUCCCAUUAAGCUGACAACAUGCAGGUGUGCGUAGAUCACUGGUGAAUAGGUGAAGCAGAAGACUGGAAGAUAGCUGACUAGGAACAUUGGUGAAUAGGUCAAGUGUAUAAUGGGACACUGAUGAAUACGUUUUUCAGUUGAAAUCCCUUGAAAGUUGUAAGGUUGUUUGUUUUUUUAAACUGUUGAAGAGGUCCGACACCAUGCAAAUGUACGGUAUGUAGAGCUUGCUGAAGAUUUAAGAAUGAUAUUAAGCGCAGGAGGAAUCAUGCAUGCUUUUGUUGAAAGUUGGUGAACAUUGCUAACAAUUAUGACUUCGCAUGCUUGAAGUGUUUUUACUAUAAUUACUGUAACAACAGGUUAGCAUAACCUAUAAUAUGGUGAAAGUGUACUUUGACUUCUGAAUUCUGUUUAUGAUAUGCCAGAAAGUGCAUAUAAAUCCUCAACUGUGCCCAGAAUAUAAGAAGUUAUGGCAUUCAUCUCAAGACUUUUGAAGAGUUGAUGUGCAAUUGCACAUUUCAAAACAUUGACCUUAAGCAUUUGAUUUUAAAUGUUAACUAUCAAGGCUUGAAGAUGAAGCAUUGGAUACCAAUAGAGUUAGAAGGGUUAAAUAUUUGUACUAGUUUGGAGUCUUAGUAAUGAUACAGUUCAGUCAAUUUAUGUAUCCCGGAAAAAGCAACUUUUUGGAAAAUCCCACUAAUCUACUGGUACAAAUAAACAUGACCCAUUUAUAAUUCUUUCAAAAUCACACACCGCAUCAACCGUUAUUAUUUAAAGCAAGCUGUCAUUGGUUGAUUUAAUGGACCAGCGUUGUUUGUACCGGGGUGAUUAGUGGGGUUUUCUAAACUCGUGCUUUUCCGGGAUCAAUCUAUUGCAGUGUAACCAGUACAUGUAACUGUAAGAAGCAGAAAAUAAACUGUUAUAUAAGAAUAGAAAUAUGUGACACUAUUUAUCUUUGUCAAUACUAUAAAAUGGGCAGUGCUCUGUGAAAAAGCGAUUUAAUGUAUGUGCGUAAAGUUUUUUCACCGAUUAACUUGUGCAAUCCACACAGGCUAAUCAGGGACGACACUUUCCGCCUAAACUGGAUUUUUGCUAAGAAGAAACUUUCUUGAAACGAAAAAUAUCAUUAAAGCGGAAAGUGUCAUCCCUGAUUAGCCUGAGUAGUCCGCAUCUAGGACACUUCACGCACAUGCAUUAAACCCCUCUUUCACAGAGCACAGCCCAAAUGUAUUGUGUAGUGUUAAGAGUGCAUACAAAUAGUUUGGUUUACUGUAUAAUCCCUCUGAGCCUUGGGUUUCAUUAUUUUGAUUUUGGUUUACCUCUCACUGAUUAUAAAUUGGUUUAUACAUGUAACUCAGUGUUGUUAAUGACAGCAACUUGUACAAUAAUACACCUCCCAGCUAUUGAUAAUUGACCCUCCAGGUCACUGGAGCUGUAGGUAUAUAUCCAUAAAAGCUCAGAGCAUUCAAGAAGAACUACUUGUAAGCCUACCUAAUAUUUAUGCCCCCCUUCGAAGAAGAGGGGGUAUAUUGUUUUGCUCAUGUCGGUCCGUCCGUCCGUUCACCAGAUGGUUUCCGAAUGAUAACUCAAGAACGCUUAGGCCUUGGAUCAUGAAACUUCAUAUGUACAUUGAUUAUGACUGGCAGAUGACCCUUAUUGAUUUUCAGGUCACUUGUCAAAGGUCAAGGUCACAGUGACUCGAAAUAGUAAAAUGGUUUCCGGAUGAUAACUCAAAAAUGCUUAGGCCUAGGAUCAUGAAACUUCAUAGGUAGAUUGAUCGUGACUGGCAGAUGACUCCUAAUGAUUUUCAGGUCACUAGGUCAAAGGUCACAAUGACUCGAAAUAGUAAAAUGGUUUCCGGAUGAUAACUCAAGAAUGCUUACGCCUAGGAUCAUGAAACUUCAUAGGUAGAUUGAUCAUGACUGGCAGAUGACCCCUAUUGAUUUUCAGGUCACUAGGUCAAAGUUAAAGGUCACAGUGACUCAAAAUAGAAAAUGGUUUCCAGAUGAUAACUCGAGAAUCCUUACGCCUAGGAUCAUGAAACUUCAUAGGUACAUCGAUCAUGACUGGCAGAUGGACCCCUAUUGAUUUUCAGGUCACUAGGUCAAAUUUACAGGUCACAGUGACUCAAAAUAGUAAAAUGGUUUCCAGAUGAUAACUCGAGAAUCCUUACGCCUAGGAUCAUGAAACUUCAUAGGUACAUUUAUCAUGACUGGCAGAUGACCUCUAUUGAUUUUCAGGUCACUAGGUCAAAGGUCAAGGUCACAGUGACUCGAAACAGUGAAAUGGUUUCCGGAUGAUAACUCAAGAAUGCUUACGCCUAGGAUCAUGAAACUUCAUAGGUACAUUGAUCAUGACUGGCAGAUGACCCCUAUUGAUUUUCAGUUCAAAGGUCAACGUCACAGUGACUCGAAACAGUAAAAUGGUUUGCGGAUGAUAACUCAAGAAUGCUUACGCCUAGGAGCAUAAAACUUCAUAGGAACAUUGAUCAUGACUGGCAUAUGACCCCUACAGAUUUUCAGGUCACUAGAUCAAAGGUCAAGGUCACAGUGACUUGAAACAGUAAAAUGGUUUCCGGAUGAUAACUCAAGAAUGCUUACGCCUAGGAUCAUGAAACUUCAUAGGUAGAUUGAUAAUGACUGGCAGAUGACUCCUAUUGAUUUUCAGGUUACUUUGUCAAAGGUCAAGGUCACAGUGACUCGAAAUAGUAAAAUGGUUUCCGGAUUAUAACUCAAGAAUGCUUAUGCCUAGGAUCAUGAAACUUCAUAGGUACAUUGAUCAUGACUGGCAGAUGACCCCUAUUAAUUUUCAGGUCACUAGGUCAAAGGUCAAGGUCACAGUGACUCAAAACAGUAAAAUGGUUUCCUGAUGAUAACUCAAGAAUAAUUAGGCCUAGGAUCAUGAAACUUCAAAGAUACAUUGAUCUUCACUGGCAGAUGACCCCUAUUGAUUUUCAGGUCACUAGGUCAAAGGUCAAGGUCACAGUGACAAAAACCGUAUUCACACAAUGGCUGCCACUACAACUGACAGCCCAUAUGGGGGGCAUGCAUGUUUUACAAACAGCCCUUGUUGUUUAUAGGCCUUCUUUUGCUUAUCAGGUAUUUUGUCUUCUUAUUUGAAAAUUGAUUAAUUAUAUGUUAUACAGUGUUAUACUUCACCAUAAAUAGCACAUUAUAUUUCAAAAUUGAUUAUAGGUUUUACUUAAUAAUUUUGGAAGAGUUACACAUACAAAACAAAAGCAGAUAUUUAAAAGCAGUUACCGUACCAAAGUGUCUGUCAUACAUAAAUACUCAAAUCUGAAAAUGGUUUUUGUAAUUAAAAUAUAACAGGAAUUUUUCAUCAUGGAGUUUAGUAAGCAACAAAAGCUAUAAUUUGUAAAACCUUACAUUGCUUUAUCCCGAAGUGAGCUCGAUUUUUGGGAAAUGUUUGUAAUACAACAUGUACAUAAGUGUAUUCAAAAGCAUUACACUUCACCUUUGUCCUUAAAUUUCGUUCACCAGAGCACAUUGUGCUUAACGUAAGUGUUUGUGAUCACCUUUUGUUUAUUGCUCGGUGUCUGUAGUUCCACAUUUAUUGCUUGAAACUUGGUCAGAACAUUGUCCCAAUAAUAUCUUGGUGGAUUUAGAAACUGUAUGAUGUGGAAUCAAAAACUAGGUAAUUUGGUGAAAUGGAGGAAAAAGCUUUUGAACACUCUAGAUGUUUUUUUAUGCAAAAUCAUCAUGAAACUGCCACACAACAUUUGUUCUAUUUAUAUCUUUGACGAGUUUUAAAAUGAUUCUGGUUCGUUGAAAAACAUGACUGACUCAGGGUUGAGCAGUUUUCCUGAUAUGCCGAUAGUAAAUGCUUGUGAACAUUUUUUGUCCAAUCAUCAUAAAACUUACUCAGAACAAUUAAUCUAUUAAAUUAUAACUUGGCCAAGAUUGGAAAGGGUUUCAUUUUGUUAAAAAACAGCUGGCGAUGGAGUGAAAGUAUUUUGUUAUAUGACUUAAGUGAGUUAAAACCAGCUCACAACAGUGAUGUUUUUUCGAGUCUCAGGUCACCUGAGGUGUGCACCUUAAGGACUUUGGUCCUCUUGUAUUGACUGUAUACUAGUUUGUUUUGAAUGCUAUUGGCAAUAAUUAUGGACUUCAUAUUAUGUAUGUUUAAUUUGUUUCAUUAAUAAAUUCAUUGAUGAGAGUUAA